AUGGACGAACAUACCACAAGCAGUCUUGACUUGGAUACUCCUAAUCUGUCUUCUUCAACCCUUUUGGAUUUUUCACCUUCUUACUUUAGUUCUACAGAGAAAUUCAUGAGAUGUUUCGAUCCAAUCGUUUCCCUAGAGGAAACAGAUAUGAACCCUCACCCUCUUGAUGACUAUCAAGAAUUCUUCGAUAAUCGAUUGAUUCAAGCCUUUGAAAAUCUAUACCAAGGGUGCACAGUGUUCACAGACCUUCUUGUUCAACUAUGGCUGCCAGUAAUUACACAUGGCGAACUAGUCCUAACCACAGUGAACAAAUCAUUCAUAAUUAACUCAUCUGCUAACACAAACCUCUUAAAUUAUCGAGAGGUUUCCAAGAACUACCAGUUUGCAGCUGAUUAUGAUUCUACGAGAUGA